AUGGUGUCCAUCUUUAAGAAUGGCCGAAUUUUUGUGCCGUCAUCCGGCAAAGACAAUGAGUUCGCAAAUACAAUGAUCAUCGAGAAUGACCAGAUUUCCUACGUUGGCUCACUCGAAAACGCCCAAGUACCCGCAGAUGCGACGGUGAUUGAUUUAGAGAAUAAGGUCGUGGUUCCCAGCUUUAUCGAUAGCCAUGUGCAUCUUUUACAUUAUGGUCAUUCACUUCGAAAAGUCGAUCUCAUCGGUUGUGCUUCGCUGGACGAAAUCCGGGAAACCAUCAGGUCAUAUGCCAAAUCUAACCCAUCUGUUCCGCGGAUCCUCUGUCGUGGAUGGAUUCAGGCUUCAGUCGAUGGACUUCCACUGGCUAGCAUGCUGGACGAUUUGGAUCCCCGGCCUAUCUAUAUCGAUGCUUUUGACCUCCAUUCUAUCUGGUGUAAUUCUCCCGCGCUUGAGGAAAUGAAGGCCCAUACUGCUCCCGAUCUUCCGGGUGGUACUAUUCAUCGAGAUGACAAUGGCCGAGCUACAGGCUUACUGGAUGAGUCGGCUUUGAUGAAUCUUGCCUGGCCACAUUUAGAAAGCCUCUACUCCAAAGAAGAUAACUUGAGUGCGUUGGAGGUGGCCAUUUCAACAUACACCGCGGCUGGAUACACGGGUAUCGUCGAUAUGGCAAUGGAUGAGGCUACAUGGGAUAUUCUACAAGAAUAUCGACGCGAUAAAUCAAUCCCUUUCCACAUUGGCGCCCACUGGCUUGUGCCAUUUUCCGCCGAUCAGCAAGCCAAUCUCAGCUACGUGGAUAGAGCGAUUGAACUGCACAAGCAAUUCCCCGAUCCUAGCUUCACCGUUCUCGGAAUAAAGAUUAUCUGUGACGGCGUGGUGGACGGAUGCACUGCUGCCCUUCUCCAGCCAUAUACAGGCAAAUCAGAUCCAGUGGAGCCAAUCUGGCCGGCCGACAUGUUGACGGGGGUUGUUGAGCGUGCCGACCACGCCGGUCUCCAAUGUGCCAUCCAUGCAAUUGGCGACAAGGCAAUCCACCAAGCACUUAACGUCUUAUCAGAAGUCGGUACUCCCGGUCGACGACACAGAAUCGAACAUCUCGAGCUAAGCACGUCCGAGGACGCAAAGCGACUCGGUCAAUUGGGAAUCACCGCAUCCAUCCAACCAGUUCACUCCGAUCCAGCUCUUUUCAAGGCCUGGCCCAGUCUUGUCGGUCCACACCGGUGCAAGCGGGCGUUUGCCUACAAGGAUUUCCUGGAUGGAGGCGCCCCUAUUGCCAUUGGAACUGAUGCACCUACUGCUCGACACUUGCCCUUUCCCAAUCUCUAUAAUGCCACUACAAGACGCUCGGCUCUUGAGCCAGAGUCGACUGACACGGUCAAUGCACACUUUGGUAUCAGCUUGGCUGAGGCGGCUACCGCUGCUACGACUGGUGCGGCAUAUGCGCGCUUUGCGGACUCUUGGACUGGGAGCUUGAAGCAGGGAUUGAAGGCGGAUUUCCUUGUUGUUGAUAUGCAGUGGAACCCAGAAACACUUCUCGAGGCAAAGGUGUGCCAGACUUGGUAUCUUGGUCAGAAGAUCUAUGAUUCGAAGUUGAAGGGAUAA